GCGCACUAGGGCUGUCAGAGGUCUCAGGACAUGGGACAUUCUAAUAUGCGCCAAUUGCAAUAUCUUCUGUGAUGACCGAAAAUGAAGCCCAAAACAUUACUCCUAGGCCGGCUACCCGGCAUGCGCUGGGCCCCUCACGACAUCCCCUCUUCCGAGCCCUCAUCCUCAAAGCCCAAGUCCCGGAACCCCUUCUCGCUCAAGUCAUCGACUCUGGACAAUGUUACUCCUCGCCCGCGCAAAUCAUCCAAGCCCAUCAGCUUCAGGUCGAAGCCUAAUGUGCAAAUGGAUGCGCACACGCAUGCGCAGCAACAAAGCCUGUUCUUUGCGCUGCUGCCAAUUGAGUUGAGACGCAUUGUGUAUGACUAUGUUAUGGGGGAGGAAGUUGUGCACAUGACGUUGAGUACGAAGAGGAGGUAUGGCCAUUUUGUCUGCGACGACGAGCACGUUGGAGGCAAGCAAGGAAGGCAGUGCGGGUGUCGAGUAUUGGUUGGAGGAAGAAGGGGCGCGAGGUUGGAUACAGCGUGUAUAAACCUAUCAAGGACGUGUAAACUCAUCUACUCCGAAGCCAUAUCGCAUCUCUACCGUCCACACGUCUUCUCACUCCUCCACAUAACCCACCUUCUCUAUCUCCCAUCCUCCCUCUCGCAACCGCGCCUCAACUCCAUCCGCACCCUUCAUCUCCGUUGGGCCAUCCGCGCGCUUCCCUAUCUACGCCGUGGUCCCGCAAACCGCAUCGCAUACCGCGAGGACACGGCCAACUGGGAGCGUGGCUGGCAAAUUAUAGCCGGCAUGGAAGAGCUGAGGAAUCUUUUUGUCGUUUUACUCGACCCGAGUCCACAGCAAUUGUGGGAAAGGAGCUGGCUGGAGCUGCAGGAUAUGCUGCUAGAGAGCGUGAAGGAUGUGAAAAGGCCGAGGGAGGCAGUCGUCGUUCUUCCAUAUCCAAGUUGUGGGACCGAAUGGGAUUCGGCCGAUAGUAGUGUGACGCUAAGAAGUCCGAUUGGUGGCAUAGUCGACCAAGACGAUCAAGAUUGAGGUCUCCGAACGAUACCAAUUCCAGUUUACAUGUAUACGCCACUUUCA